CUCCCAAUACAUAUGUUUUUGUCCCCAUCUCUGCCAAAAGAAGAACUGAAAGAUGUUACCAAGCCCUAAGCUCCCAUACCCAUCGGCGAAACUUCCACCGCCGACGCAGAUCCGCUGGAGCUCCGCCGCAGCCUCGCCGUCAGUUCAAAGAGACUGCAAGGUAUCGCGUCGAGAGAUUAGUACAUCUCCGUUGCUUCUACUCGUCGGUUCUCAGACUGUGACGCCACUGUUUCCCGACCUCUCUAAAGCUCGAGCAGACCAGAUUAGUUCCGACAAAGACACUUCAACCAGUUGCCGAGAUAAAGUCCCAACGGAGAAGGCAUUCCUCGACAUAUCGAUCGACGGAGAACCCACCGGAAAAAUCGUCAUCGGUCUCUACGCCGACGAAGUUCCAGCCGGAGUGGCGAGAUUCGUCACCCUCGUAACCGGAGCCGCCGGAAUAAGCUAUCGGAGAAAAGAGUUCGUGAAGAUCAUGCCCAAUUACAUCCAACACGGUGGAAUCCGGUCGUACGGAGAAACGGGAAGCUUCGAGAAUCUGAUCGGAGAGUGGGAGAGAUCGAAGGAAGAGAAAUGUACGAAGAAUUUGGCCGGGAAAGUUGGAAUCGUGGUGAUUGAUCCGUCGCGGCCUCCGCCGAAGGCAAAACUUGUGGCUAGAAAUGGUAAAUUAGAGAUCGACGAGGAAGAGGUCGGCGUGGGACCGAACGGGACAGAGUUCGUGAUAACGACAGCGGAUUCGUCGGAGCUUGACGAGUCCGUGUUAGUGGUCGGAGAAAUCGUGGAAGGGAUGAACGUGGUGGAGAAGAUGAGAGCUGUCAAGACCGUCAAAGAGAACACUGGAUCUCCUUAUUUCAGGGUUGCUAAAUUGAUUGGCGAUAAGAGAGCAGUGGUCGCCGAGAGAGGAUUUAACCGUCCUUAUUCGAAAAUUAUCGUCUCUAAUUGUGGUUUAUUGGAGUGACAGAAGAAGAAAAAAACUCUGCUAUGAAAAAAUUUAUGGAACGUGAUUUAUCUUGGUUUGCUCAAAUACAUAGUAUUUUUUUAA